AUGGAAGAUCUCCAAAAGCAGCUUAGCACCUACAGGCUGGAGCUCGCGCGCAUGAAGAGAGAGUUGACAGUUUGUGAUCAACAAGAUGCGGCCUUGACCGAGACUGCUAGAAAUUUGGAGGCUCGGAAAGAUCAAGAGGGAGACGCUGCCGCGACCAGACGAACUCUUGAAACGAAGCUCCACGACAUUAGCCAUUUCAAAUCUUCGAAUCAGCGGAAACGAUUGCAGUUACUCAACUCACGGGAUGAAACCGAGCGCAAGCUGGUCAACCUCACCCAGGACUUGACCCUCGCAUUGAACAGGCAGCAGCAGUCCGACAGCCGUGCCAGAAUGAUCAGAUCUCUUCACGGAGAUGCAGGCAGCAAGCCGGGCGGUGUAGAUGAAGCCGGGCUUAAGAUAGCGGACAUGAAGCGCCAGGAGCUGGCCGCAACAGAGCCGGUUCGACUUUCAGGAUCUGGGCGGUUCCAUGGCCUGCAUGAGAUCUUCGAGGUGUCAGAGCGUGCACUUCAGGACGUGUCCAGCUCUCUGAAGGAGGCCAGGCGAGCUUCGCAGCUUCGCGAGGUUCGUGCCGGCCUCGGCUUCGGGAGCGUCGAUGGAUCACUCCAGAACGGAGCAGAAAGAAAGGAGCUUAGGUCCUUGCACCUGUUGCUUUGCUGCUUGCGAAUUUAUAUCCAGCAUCAAAGAGAGCUUGGCAAAGGGGCCGCUGCCAGCUCGGGUGACGGGAUUGUCUUGGAGCAGGCGCUGGAGGACAACUUGCAGCUGCGCAAGGAGCUCAAUGCUUUGAUUCAGGAAAAGCGGGAAAGAGCCGAGAGCGGAGCAUUCAGUGCUGAAGGAACUGAAGUAGCCGAAGAAGGCCUUCUGCAGUUCUUCCAGGAAGCCGCGCUCCUCCAGCCGGGGUCCGGCACUUGA